UGCAGGGACAAGUGGGAGAAAAAGAUGGAUUUCCUUUUGUCUGUGGUAGGAUUUGCCGUGGACCUGGGCAACGUCUGGAGGUUUCCUUACAUCUGCUACCAGAAUGGAGGUGGAGCUUUUCUCAUCCCAUAUACCUUGAUGGCUGUUUUUGGAGGGGUGCCUCUCUUUUAUAUGGAGCUGGCUCUUGGACAAUUUCAUCGGGUAGGGGCUAUACCCAUCUGGAAGCACAUCUGUCCCAUAUUUAAAGGCAUCGGCUUCGCCAUUUGCAUCAUUGGCCUGUACGUCUCGUUCUACUACAACACCAUCAUCGCCUGGGCCCUCUACUACUUCUACUCUUCCUUCACCCAUACCUUGCCCUGGAGCAGUUGUGACAAUCCUUGGAACACGCCCAACUGCACCAGCUACUUUGGGACGAGCAACGUCACUUGGACUAACUACUCCAAGUCACCAGCCGAGGAGUUUUACACGAGGAAGGUUCUUGAGCUCCAGAACUCGCACGGCUUGGAUGACGUGGGAGGGAUCAGUUGGCAACUGCUCCUCUGCCUCUUCCUAAUCUUCACCAUUGUCUACUUCAGCCUUUGGAAAGGGGUCAAGACCUCUGGGAAGGUGGUGUGGGUGACGGCCACUCUGCCCUAUGUCAUCUUGUUCAUUCUGCUGAUUCGCGGAGCAACGCUGCCCGGGGCUUGGAAAGGAAUCGUCUUCUACCUGCAACCCAACUGGGAGAAGCUGAAGAGCUCAGCCGUGUGGGUCGACGCCGCUGCCCAGAUCUUCUUCUCGCUGGGGCCAGGAUUUGGAGUCCUCCUCGCUCUAUCCAGCUAUAAUCCAUUCCACAACAACUGCUACCGAGAUGCCAUCGUCACCUGCGUGGUCAACUGCUUCACCAGCUUCCUCUCAGGGUUUGUCAUUUUCACUGUCCUGGGCUACAUGGCAGAAAUGAGACACGUAGAAGUGGAGGAUGUUGCAAAAGACAAAGGACCCAGCCUCCUCUUUAUCACGUACCCUGAAGCCAUUGCCAACAUGGUCGGCUCGACCUACUUCGCCAUCAUCUUCUUCCUCAUGAUGAUAACGCUGGGACUGGACAGCACGUUUGGGGGCCUGGAGGCGGUGAUCACAGCGAUAAUGGACGAGUAUCCCCACAUCCUGGCCAAGCAACGAGAGCUCUUGGUCCUCGGGCUCAUCACUGUCUGCUUCCUUGGCUCCUUGGCCACCCUGACCAACGGCGGGUCGUACAUUGUGAAACUCCUGGAAGAGUUUGGUGCCGGCUGUUCCAUCUUAGCUGUGGUGCUCCUGGAGGCCAUUGCGGUCUCCUGGUUUUAUGGGAUCCAGCAGUUCUGCAAUGAUGUGAAGGCUAUGCUGGGGUUUGCCCCAGGAAUCUAUUGGCAGGUUUGCUGGGUUGCGGUCAGCCCAGCCUUCCUAGCGUUCAUCAUUGUCAGCUCACUCGUGGACCAGCCCCCCCUCACCCUGUUCAACUACCAAUAUCCACAGUGGAGCAUCUCAGUGGGGUACCUCAUUGGAGCCUCAUCCUUCCUUUGCAUCCCAGUCUACAUGGUCUACAAGCUCACCUGGACCCCAGGAUCUCUGAAGCAGCGCCUUGCAGUGUGCCUUCGGCCGGAGAAGGAGAUCCGAGAACAGCCUUUGGAGCCUGGGGUCUUGCCGCUGGCCCCCUAAUCCUCUGCACAGGAAGCCCUCCAAAAGGGAAAUGCGGCUGCUUGCUCCUGGGCGACAGAGCGGAUGGGACCAACACGGCCCUUUGCUGCUCAGGUGGCUCCACUGCCCGGUUCUCCUUUCCACGAGUGUCAGACACCUUCUGCACAUCUGUCCCAGAGGGCAAAGCUGCUCCAACUCACCCCUUGCUCCUCCAUCCCUGCACCACUCCAGGAUCUGUUGCACAUGCCCCCCCCUUUUUCUCUUUCUUCUCGUACUUGAUUGUGUCAGGCUAGAGCAUGCGACUGGGAUGUCCUAGAAGGAUUUCCUAGGAGACUUUAAGGGAAGAGACAGGUGGGAAUGGAGAGGUUUUGGAAGCACA